AUGUCUCGUCUUCAUUAUGACCCCGAGUUCUAUGAACUAGGUGCUUCCAAGAUCGAAGCGCAGAAACAUGUCUUCCCGGUUGGUGACGUGGAAAGUAGAAGGAAACAAAUUGAGGAUUUCAUCCGGGGCCCAGGUGGUCAACAGCAACUGCCCGACAACGUUGAAAUGCUGCUCCAUGAUGCUGAAGCCUCGGACGGGUUCAAAGUGAAAAUUCUGCACUUCCGACAAAAAGACAGUCUUGGUAAACAGCACAGACCUGGCAUCGUGCAUGUUCAUGGAGGGGGAUACACGGGCUCCAGUGCGAGUGACUAUUCCUCAACACUGGCAGCCUAUGUCUCUGCCACGGGAGUCCCCAUGCUUUCAGUUGACUACCGACUCGCUCCCGAACACCCGUUUCCCGUACCGCUGGAGGACUGCUGGUCUGCUUUACUACACGUCCAAACAAAUGCUGCUUCACUCGGCCUUGACCCGAAUCGUAUCGCUAUCAUGGGUGAAAGCGCAGGUGGGGGCCUCGCUGCAGCCAUCGCCAUCCUCGCCAGGGACAGAGAGUUAUCUCCUCCCCUAGCCAAGCAGAUUCUUAUCUAUCCUAUGCUUGAUGACCGUACCGACAAGGACCUCACUGGCGGCCUCGCGAUCUUUGGGCACCAAGAUGUCUUGACGGGCUGGAUGUCAUACUUGGGAGAUAUUUACAAAGCCGAUAAAGUGCCGCCAAUCGCUGCACCAGCGCGUCUUGAGGUUUUCGAGGGUCUUGCUCCUCUGUACCUGGAUUGCGGUGGGCUCGACAUGUUUCUCCGAGAAGAUGUUGCUUAUGCUCAACGGUUCAUCGAGGCCGGUAUUACUACUGAGCUUCACAUUUAUCAGGGUGUUCCGCACGCUUUUCAGCGGUUUGCACCUACUUCUGCUGUGGUAAAGAGGGCUUUCGCCAACCGUGUUGCGGCAUGCACAAGCUUUUGA